GACUAAUCUGCGCAUGCGUGUCAGUGGCUUUAGCAGCGGACCCGGCAGGCAGUUCCUUCCUCGGAGGGAGAGAUUCCUCUGCCAUGGAGUCCUACGAUGUGAUCGCCAACCAGCCUGUUGUGAUCGACAAUGGAUCUGGUGUGAUUAAAGCUGGUUUUGCUGGUGAUCAGAUCCCCAAAUACUGCUUUCCAAACUAUGUGGGCAGACCCAAGCACGUCCGUGUCAUGGCAGGAGCCCUCGAAGGUGACAUCUUCAUUGGCCCCAAAGCUGAGGAGCACCGAGGGCUGCUCUCCAUCCGGUACCCUAUGGAGCAUGGCAUUGUCAAGGACUGGAACGACAUGGAGCGCAUCUGGCAAUAUGUCUAUUCUAAGGACCAGCUGCAGACUUUCUCAGAGGAGCAUCCUGUGCUCCUGACAGAGGCUCCUUUAAACCCACGGAAAAACCGAGAACGAGCUGCUGAAGUUUUCUUUGAGACCUUCAAUGUGCCAGCCCUUUUCAUCUCCAUGCAAGCUGUGCUCAGCCUUUAUGCCACAGGCAGGACCACAGGUGUGGUUCUGGAUUCUGGGGAUGGCGUCACCCAUGCUGUGCCCAUUUAUGAGGGCUUUGCCAUGCCUCACUCAAUCAUGCGCAUCGACAUCGCUGGCCGAGAUGUCUCUCGCUUCCUUCGCCUCUACCUGCGUAAGGAGGGCUAUGAUUUCCACUCAUCCUCGGAGUUUGAGAUUGUCAAGGCCAUAAAAGAAAGAGCCUGCUACCUAUCUAUAAACCCCCAGAAGGACGAGACACUAGAGACGGAGAAGGCUCAGUACUACCUGCCCGAUGGCAGCACCAUUGAGAUUGGUCCUUCCCGAUUCCGGGCACCUGAGCUUCUGUUCAGGCCAGACCUGAUUGGCGAGGAGAGUGAAGGCAUCCAUGAGGUGCUGGUGUUUGCCAUCCAGAAGUCUGACAUGGAUCUGAGGCGCACGCUUUUCUCUAACAUUGUCCUCUCAGGAGGCUCCACCCUGUUCAAAGGUUUUGGUGACAGGCUACUGAGUGAAGUGAAGAAACUGGCUCCGAAAGAUGUGAAGAUCAGGAUAUCUGCACCUCAGGAGAGACUGUAUUCCACGUGGAUUGGGGGCUCUAUCCUCGCCUCCCUGGACACCUUUAAGAAGAUGUGGGUCUCCAAGAAGGAAUACGAGGAAGACGGUGCCCGAUCCAUCCACAGGAAAACCUUCUAAUGCUGGGACAUCAUAUUCACCUUCUCUGAAGUUAACUCCACUUUAAAACUCGCUUUCUUGAGUUGGAGUGUUUGCAAGGAACUGCCUGUGUGUGUGAGUGUGUGUGUGGGUACAAGUAUGUGCACCUAUGCGAGUGCCCUGUGGCCUAGGGAUCCCAGGGUCCAGAAAGGACGAUGAACUACCCACGAUGGUGAUAGCCUGAGGCCUGGGGUUGACCACUAACUGGCCCCUGACAGGGAAGAAUGCUGGCAGAGAGCCCCACUCCUUCAUCUGCUGGGCCUCUGUCUGGCUGUGUGGAACUGUGUUUACUACCAUAGGGACACAGAGGGAGGUAGAUCUAACCCCCGGGAGACCUUGCUGCCGCCCAUCCUACACUGGCAGAGCUUCGUCCUUACCCCACCCCCAGUGUGCCCUGAGGCCCAAGGCAGCUGCUGCCUUCCUUGCUCAUCAUUCUGUUUUUGAUGCCUCUUGAUCAUGGACUGAGGCCACAUGGUUGAGCUCUGUCUGGUUUUGAUUGUAGUUUGGGUUUGGAAGGCUGGAAAGGCUGUUACUGAGACUCCAGGGUCAGGAGAGGGCAGGAUGUUCUUAACUUUACCUGGGGGCCAGAACCACACUGGGCAUUUGAGGACGGCAGGAAUAGUGCUACUUCUGAUUGGCAGCAGAGUUAACGUUCCAAUCCCAAUCCCCCAUCCAGGGGGUCUCAGGAGAGUUUAAGGAACCUGUUGGCUCCAGGCUCUGUUACUUUUCAUCCAUCCUUGGGCAAUGCCAUCUUCAAACAGUUUUAUUUAUUGAAGUGUUUGUUCAAUAUGGGAACUGGAGAGAGGGAGCUCAUUGCCUCCUGCCCACCAGUCACCCUGUUCACACUAAUGUUUACAGCACCUAAGUUUAACGUAGCCUCUAGGGUCCCACCACUCCCUGCUAAGGGUGAACUGACAGUAUCCAUAGGUUGAGGCCAUUUGGGAUCUGAGGCUACACUCCAAGUCACUCCCACCAGCCUCUUUCUUUCUCCCUCUUCUACUUGCUCACUGCCCUGGAAUCAGUAGGCUGGUUGCUGGUUGGAUUUUCUGAAACAGGCAGUAGAAUCACUUUUUGGCAGAAGCCCUAGCAAAGGAGGGGUGUUGGGGAUCUAGCUCCCUUGGGAUUGGAGAAAGGGCCGCAAUUAACCACAUUGCCUUUUCCCACUCUAGCUGACCUGAGGCGCUAGGUUGUAGAGAUGAGAAGGGCCCCUCUGAGCUGAUUUUGUGCCAUUAUUGACUUUGGACUUGUUUAGUGAGAGAGGGUGGAGGCCAGAUCCAGGUGCCAGGAGCGGGUGGGCUCAGGCUUAUCUCUGGUCCAGUGGGGCCAGGCACCUACCCUGGACUGGGCUGGCCUAGCAGUGGUCCAAAGACCCUUCAGCCCAGACGGUACAAAGCUGGGGCUAGCAAAUGUUCACUGGCACCCUCACCUGACCAAGACCUGCCCCAAUCCCAGAUUCAGGCAGUAUUCCCCCCAUGCCGUCCAACAACCAAAGGCUCUGCUAAGUGUGGGCCACAGCAGCAGGUGUGUGUGAAAGCGAUGUGGCAACCCGCGGACUACAGUGUGCUUAACCAGCUCACCUCCCUUCUCUUAGCCCAAACCUGUCCCUCGCACAGCCUCGCACAAACCACGUUGCCUGGUGGGGCCCAGUGUACUUAAAUAAAGUCCUUCCAAUAGACACGGUAGCUGGGCCUCUGUCUGUAGUCAGUGCUGGGUGGGAAGAGGAAGGAGCUGUGGGCCCUGAAUCUGAGGUGGUGACUGGGCCUAGUCCAUCCUCUAGAGGGCACUGUUGCACCAGCCAGACUAGGCCAGCCUUAGAGCAAGUGCCAGCCCAUGGGUGAGAUUCCACCCAAAAGAAGGGAGCAGCAUUUGACAUCCCUGAAGUCAGAGGCUCUCAAAAAUUUCAUGUGUAUAAGAAGCUCAAGAGCUUAUUAAAAUGAAUUUCCUGGGGCCCAUGCUCAGAUAUUCUGAUUAAUCAGUUCUCCAUUUUAAACCUAUAUAUUUGGUUGGGUGGGGAGGGAGAUUGCCAGGCACUUUACAAGUGUUCACCCAUUUGGCCCAACAACCCUACACAGUGUAUUUCUGUUAUCCACUUUAGAGUUGAGGAAAUAGAGCCACAGAGAGAGCACGUAAUUUCCCAAAGUUCUGCCCUUUAUUAGCUAGGAUUUGAACGCAGGCAAUGUGGCCCUAGAGCCUAAGUUCUUAGACACUAUGCAGAUCCCUCAACAAACCAUUGGCCUAGAGCAGGAGUUCUCAAAGUUUUGCUCCCCGUAUACAUUUUCCAAUGCCUGGAAACAUUUGGUUGUCACAACAGGGGAGGAAGGAGCUGCUAUUGUCAUCUAAGCAGAAGCCAGGGGUGCCAAGGCUGAGAAACUCUGGCUUAGAGCAGAGGUAAAAUCACCAUAGAGCUUUUCAAAACUCCAGUGCCCAAGUCGUACCCCAGACACAUGGAAGCAGAACCUUGGGGAACAGAACUCAGAUGUCACCUUUUUUUUUUUUUAAU